AUGACGCCGUACUCGUCUACGGCCGGCGCGCGGAACGCAUCGUCCACAUCAGUGCGCAGCAAACCGUCGCUUUCGCAGCUGAACCCGGCGAGUGCCGCGUCGCGCGCAGAAGCUUCGGCAAACACCAAGAAUGCACAGCAGCCGCGCCGCCGCCGCUUUAAUGAUACACGGGACCUGGAUGUGCUCGCCAACGAGCUGCAGGCCGAACGCCACGCGGUGCAUUCCCGCAGUGCCAGCGCGUCCAUGAGCCCGCUGCGUUUCGGUGCCGAGACGCCUGCUUCGCCGUCCACCGACUCGCUGCUCGCCCCGGACGCGUUCCGCAACUACUCCAUGAGCGGCAGCGUGCCGCAGUCGCCUUACAGCAUGUCGCCUUAUAACCUGAGCCAGCACAGUCUUCGGGGCGGCCUCCCUUCAAACAUGUCGAUGCAUACACUGCCUACGCGUCCGAGUCCCGGCGACUCGGCGCUGUCGCUCUCGCUGAUGGAGGCCUUUCCGGGCGUGCACCCGAGCGACUCGGCAGCGCGCCGCUUUGACAUUCCUGAGGGAAUGAGCAUCGGAUUCGGCGAUAAUCCGUAUCCCACAAUGACGCGCUCACGCACAGAGCUCGACGUGGCGUCGCCCAUGUCCGAGACAAACAGCAUCCGGAGCAAUAUGUAUCCCCCGACGCCGGGGCCCCAAUCGCCGACGCCCGACUCGCGCUCGCCGAGCCUGAAUGCGCCACGCUCGCCUGUGCUGGUCAUGUCGAUGAAGGACUCGGCUCAGCACCAACACCCACGUGUGCCAUCGACGCGCGGCGCAUUCCUGCGCUCCUUCCAAGGAGGCAGCGGCACAAUCCGCGCCAAGUCGCGCCUGGACUCGGCACGCAGCCUGCCGACUCGCGAAGAAUGGGAGCCGACGUCUGGUACGGCGACGCCCAAUGCUGCGCGCUCCGCGUCACCGAGCGAUGCACGCUCACAGAUGGCACUCUCGUCGAUGACGAACGACGAGGCGCCCAAGGAUCCAGCGCUGCAGCGCCUCCGCCCGCAGACGUCCAUGACCGACGGGCGCCUGUCGGUGUCGUCGGGCGCGCCGACGAUCCAUGCAACCAUGUCGCAUGCAUCGCUCGCAUCCACAGCACAGGCGCAUGGCGCAUCGACCGUGCAGGCACACGGCGCGCCGACCACGCAGGCGCCUGUACAAGAGGCACCAAGCGCGACGCAGACCGCGCCGCAGAGCAUGGCGCCGAACGCGCCGCCGAGCGCGACGCCGAGCACGGCACAGACCCCGGCGCAGACCCCGGCGCAGAGCACGGCACCGAGCACGGCACCGAGCACGGCGCCGAACCAGCCGUCGAAUCUCCGCCAAGGCAUGCCGCCGCCCGCCACGGUGCCGGCCCGCCCGCCGCUCGCGCCAGGUCGUGACAAGGACAAAAUGCCGGGCGCCUUUACCGAACCAAAGCAGCCGAACGCGCGGCCGCCGGUGCCGCCGUCGCCGGCCAAGUCGGAAAGCGCGCUCGGCAGCAAGUGGAAAAAGAGCCUCGGAUCGCUCUUCCGCCGCAAGAAGAAGGAGCCGGCACCGCCUGUGCCCAAGGUCAAUCCUCCGUCGCGCCCGGCGCGCGCACAGGACCGUCCGGUGAGCAAGGCGCCCGGCGCGGCACCUGCGGCUCCUGCGCCUCGGGCCCCUCAGGCUCCGCAGGCCUUUCAGGCCCCUCAGGCCCCUCAGGCUCCGCAGGCCCCUCAGGCUCCGCAGGCCCCUCAGGCCCCUCAGGCUCCGCAGGCCCCUCCGGCCACGGCGGUGCAGCCCCCAGCAGCACAGUCCGAGGCCCCUGCGGCGCCUGCGGCGCCCUCUGCGCCCGCCGCACCCACCAUUUCGGCCGCACCCGCCCUGGCACCUGCUGCCACCCUCACCACUGCGAACCCCACGCCUGCGCCGCGACUCGAGCCCCAGGCGUUUGCCUACAGCACCGAGAACGAUGCUCCGCAGCGUUCUGUGCCGCAACCUUCGCAGGCGCACGUCGGCUCGUGGCAGCCGUGGAAGCCUCGGCCCGUGCAGCCCGAGAUGACGGCGCUCUCGCCGCCGUCUCCCACGCCCGUGCGUUCUGCGCUUCCCCCUCCGCUGCCCGAGCACGAACCGGUGGCACUGCAGCCUUUGAACCCUGGUGCGGCGUUGCCUGCCCCCAUGCGUGCGUCGCCUGCAAUUACCCCUCGCUCGCUUGACCGCCCUGCGCCGAUGCCCGCGGCGGUGUCGCUCGAGACGUUUACGGCCCCCGCCGCAUCGCAGGUCGUUGCGUCGCGCCCUGCGCCUCCUCCCCCACGCCCCGUCACGCCCGAGAACCACGCAGACUCGGUCGCGACGAUGCAGUUCUCGCCGCAGACGCUCUCCGUGCACGGUGAAGCCUACGAUGAGCAGAAGCGCGAGAGUGUGGCGCGUGGCCUGCGCAGCCCCCGCUUGCCGAGCGAGGCGCACCCCUACGGACAGUACCGCCUCUCUGCGACGUCCAGUGCGCCUGGAUGGCCGCACGAGGCGCCGUCCGAAGGUCUCGGCGCGGCCGAAGCUACGAGCACGCCGCCGCCCCAGCUCCAUGCCUCGUACUUGACCUCGAACGCGGCGAGUGCUGCGACGUCGGAUCCCAGCAGCCCCCAGUCCGGGGAGCCUUCCUCGCCGGUCUCGAUGGAGCGCCUUGCGAUGCUCAUUGAGCAGACGAUGGUGCAGACGCCGACGCGCAACUCGACCGUCUACUCGCACGUCUCGCCGACGAAGCGCGGCAACGGGCGCCUUCUGCCCUGA